AUGGAAGACGAGGAGGAUUUCGACGACGUCGAAGACCUUGAUGGCAUGGUAUUGGACAUCGAUGAUUCCCCAUAUCGUUUUUCGAACGACAUCGAGGAGCGCUACAAGUCGCGGCUGAAGGACGAGAACCUGAUGGUCGACCCAGCUUUUGCCGCCUUCCAUUUCGCGCCGAAGAAGGGCCCGCCGAAGAAGCUGGUGAUUAAGAGGAAAGGCGGUGCUAAGCCAGCGCCAACUAAGGAAGAAACUUUCGAGACAAACUGGUCUCGCCUGGCUAACAGCAUUGAGGCCAUUCAAAAUCAAAGAGGGGUGUCGUCGACGUUGGAACAUUUAUACCGCAAUGUCGACUCGUUGUGUACGCUCGGCUGCGCGGCUGAAACAUACGAGAAAUUGGAUGCCAUGAUCAAAACCUAUUUACACGCUCAAUGCGAGGAGAUCAAAAGCCAGGAAGCCACACACGGCCUCCCGAUGCUCAUCGCGCUAAAUGGGCUCUGGGAAAGAUAUUGCCAACAAUUGGACGCUAUUCUCUCGAUUUUCACCGUUUUGGAUCGUAACUUCCUGUUGCACGAUCGGAAUAAGCAGACGCUAAACGAGCUCGGACUGCACACUUUUCAUUUAAUUGUCCUUGAUCAUUACGGGUUCGGAUCGCGGGUAGGCGGGGUGCUCGUCGAGCAGAUUACUUUGGAAAGGCAGCGAGAACAGGUGGAUACCUCGAUGCUUCGAUCAUGUCUACGGAUGCUUUCCACAUUGGCUGUCUACCCUCAGCUUUUCGAGAAUCAAUUCAUUCUCGGAACGAUCGACUUUUAUCGAGAAGAGGGCGAGCGGCUGGUCGGCGAGAUGGAGGCCCACGAAUACGUCCAGCACACGAUAAACCGGAUCAAUGAGGAAAAGGCCAGACUUGACGGCUACCUCUUUCCGAGCACACGUCUCCCACUUUUUGCGGCUCUCGAGACCCAGAUGAUCCAGCAACGAAUGGACGUUUUCGUCAAAAAAGGCACCGCCGGUCUGCUUGAGAACCGAGCUUUCGAUCAGCUCGCCCAAAUGUACGAAUUGCUGGCCUACGUGCCGACCGGGCUAUUGCUUCUCAAGGCCGAAUUUUCGGAGUGGAUCAAGAAAUACGGCCGCGCAAUGGUGAACGACCCAGAGCGCGACGAGACGAUGGUAAAGGAUUUGAUGAUUUUCAAGGAGCAGAUGGACAGAUGCAUCACCGAAUCCUUCCAAUCCGACGAAAAGUUCACCCAGGCCGAGAAGGACGCCUUUGACUUUUUCAUCAACACGCGCCCCGUCAAGCCGGCCGAGCUUAUUGCGAAGUUCAUGGACGCCCGACUGCGCGCCGGGAACAAGGAGAGUAACGAGGAGGAGCUGGACCUGACCAUGCACAAGGCCAUGCAAAUCUUCCGCUUCAUCCAGGGCAAAGACGUCUUCGAGGCGUUCUACAAAAAGGACCUGGCCAAGCGGUUGCUGCUCGGCCGCUCGGCAAGCGUCGACGCGGAGAAGGCGAUGCUGCAAAAGUUGCGACAAGAAUGCGGCGCGGGCUUUACGCACAAGCUGGAGGGCAUGUUCAAGGAUAUGGACCUGUCGGCGGGCUUAAUUACGGCGUUUAGACAGUACGCUUCCGCUCACAACAUCCCGCUCAAGCCCGACCUUGGCGUGCACGUGCUCACGAUGGGGAGCUGGCCUAAAUACGAGCCGAAAGAGCUGGUGGUCCCGCACGAACUGGCCGAGUCUCUGAAGUACUUCAACGACUUCUACGUCCAGAACCACAACGGCAGGAAGUUGAACUGGCAGCACUCGCUGGGCCAGGCGUUGCUCAAGGCUAAUUUCUCGCCGGGGGCGAAAGAGCUGCAAGUGUCGCUGUACCAGGCGACGAUUCUGCUCCUCUUCAACUCGAAGCCCACCUGGAAAUAUGAGGAGAUUCUGGAGGGCACGAAGUUGGAAGGGAAAGAGCUGAUGCGAACGCUACAGUCUCUGGCGUGUGCCAAGCAUAAGGUGCUGCAAAAGACCCCAAAAGGCCGUGAGGUCAACGAGGGCGACGUGUUCGAGGUGAACGACGAGUUCGCGACAAGCUUCUACCGUAUCCGCAUCUCGCAGGUGCAAAUGAAGGAAACGCCCCAAGAAAAGAAGGAGGUGGAAGAGGAGGUCUCUCAGGAUCGCCAAUAUCAAAUUGACGCGGCGCUGGUGCGGAUUAUGAAGACGCGGAAGCGGCUGUCCCAUCAGCAACUGUUGCAGGAGAUCUUUGCCCAAUUGCGCUUCUCGGUGAAGGCGACGGACGUGAAGGACCGGGUGGCCUCACUGCUCGAGCGUGACUACAUGACGAGGGACACGAAUGACAGCACCAUCUAUCACUAUGUCGCC